AUGAGUGACAAAGAUGGAAACACAACAUGCAAAACCAAUUCUCUUCAUCCUGUCUACACGGUGACUAAUAUACAGAACAAAAUCAGAGUGCUUGAUCGUACGAAUGUGAAUUACUCAUCUUGGGUAAAACUAUUCCAACUUCAUGCACGUGGAUACAAAGUUCUCUCAUACAUCGAUGGCACAAAAUCCCCAAUCAAGGCCAAACCUCUGUAUGAAUCUUGGGUAGAGAUUGAUGUCAUUUUCCGUCAAUGGAUAUAUGGAACUAUAUCAGAUGAUCUCCUGGUCAGAGUUCUUGUAACUGAAUCCACAGCUCUUGAAGCAUGGACUCGUAUCAAAAACAACUUUCUUAACAACAAAGGCUCCCGAGCAGCCGCCUUGGAGCAAGAAUUCAUGAACUUGACUCUCAAAGCCAUGCCCUCUCUUGAAGCCUACUGUCAUCGGCUCAAAUAA